AUGGAGCAGAGGCUACUCCGGAUGCUGCAGAACUGUGGAAAUCCCAGGGAGUUGAAGCGAACCCACCUCCAAAUCCUGGUCCGGGGCCUCGCCGACAGCGACUUCCUCCUGCCGAAGCUCGUGGAGGUCUCCGCCGCCGCCCACUCGCUCGGCUACGCCGGCCGAGUGCUCCGGUGCGCACAGACGCGGAACGUUGUGGCGUACAACAACAUGGUUAAGUGCUUCGCCGGGAGCCGAAGCCCCGCCGGAGCCUUCUCGGCCUACGGCCGGAUGAGAGCUCUGGGCAUCUAUCCCAACAGCUUCACCUUCACCUUCCUGCUCAGAGCAAUGGACUCGGGAGAUUCCUCACAAGGAGGGGAAGCUGUCCAUGCGCAGAUAGUUAGGUCUGGUUGCGGGUCGAGCCUCUUCGUCAAGAACACCCUCUUGGCCUUCUACUCUAAGUGCAGCCGCGACUUAGCUCCCGCGCGUCAAGUGUUCGACGAAAUGCUGCAGAGGGAUGUGGUCUCCUGGAACUCCCUGAUUCACGCGUAUAUGAUGCGCGGGGAAAUGGCGUCUGCUGUGGAGGCGUUCGAAUCAAUGCCCGAGAGGAGCAUCGUCUCGUGGAACUCCAUAAUCACAGGCCUCUCCAAGGUCGGAGACAUGUGCUCGGCGCAGCUGAUGUUCGACCGAAUGGCCGUGAGGAACGUCGUCUCAGGGAACGCCAUGAUCGCCGGUUACGCAGCGGCCGGCGACAUGGCGGCGGCCCGAUCAAUCUUCGACCGGAUGGAGCAGAAGAAUGUGGUUUCCUGGACGGCCAUGCUCUCCGGCUUCAGCAAGAUCGGCCGCAUGGAGGCAGCGAGCUCUCUCUUCCAUCAGAUGCCAGCAAAGAACACCGUCUCCUGGAACGCGAUGAUCUCCGGGUACAAUGAAAACCGUCGAUUCGAUCGAGCUCUGCAGACAUUCCAGGCCAUGUUGAUCGACGGCGAGUGCCCACCCAAUGAAAUCACUCUGAUCGCCGUCGCCUCGGCUUGUGGGCAUCUGGGUUCUCUCGAGCAUGGGAACUGGGUCUACUCUUACGCCAAGAAGAACGACUUGGAGAUCUCCUCCGAGCUGGGGAACGCGCUCGUGGACAUGUUCGCCAAGUGCGGAGAGAUGAAAUGCGCGGAGGCGGUGUUCAAUCAGAUGACUAUGAGGUGCGUAAUCUCGUGGACGACCAUGAUCUGGGGACUUGGUGCCCACGGCCAGAGCGGAGAGGCUCUGGCUCUGUUUGAGGAGAUGUCCCGCCGUGGAGUGGAACCAGACGACGUCACCUUCAUCGCCCUGCUCUCGGCGUGCGCCCAUGGCGGGCUGGUGGAAGAAGGCCAGCGAAUCUUCAGACAGAUGGCGGUGGAAUUCGGCAUCGAGCCGAGGAUCGAACACUAUGGCUGCAUGGUUGACCUCCUCGCCCGGGCAGGGAGGGCAGAAGAGGCAAUCCACUUCAUCGGAAGCAUGCCCGUGGAGCCCAAUGUGGUCGUAUGGGCCACCCUGUUGAGCUCUUGUCGAUGGGAUGGAGGUGGGGAACAGGUAGUGGAGUCAGUCGGCAGAAAGAUGGCGGAGCUGGAGCCGUUGGAUCCCGGCUACCAGGUUCUCCUUUCCAAUUCCAGCGCGUCUAUUGGAAGAUGGCGGGGCGUGUCGAGCAUCCGAGGAGCCAUGUGGCAGGAGGGGGUGGAGAAACUCCCCGGGUGCAGCUCGAUCCAAGUGGGCUGUGAAGUUCAUGAGUUCUUGGCCAAGGACUUGAGGCAUGAGAAGAGAACUGAGAUCUAUGAGGCUUUGCAUGGGCUUGCAGAAAUCUUAAGGCAUGCAGGCCACCCAUUGCAUAUGCAAGAUUAUGCCUUUCAGCACCACCCCAGGUCACCGAAUUCAUGA